GCCGAGUGUGGUAACGGAGCGAGAGGCAUCUGCGGCGGUGAGGGCUCUGGAGCUCGGGCUCCCCUCUUGGUGCGUGAGGGCCACGGCGGAGGUGGCAGUGACGGCGACGAGGACGGCGGACUGCUGGUGGGCGGAGGAGCCUUUUCUCGGCCCAGAUUCUUUAAUGAUGAAUGGGUCCAGUGUUGCCAACACAACACCCAAUGCAAAAUCCAAAGAGGACCAGGGAGUGAAGGGGCGUGAUGAGAAGGAAAACAACCCCUUUGCUGAGUACAUGUGGAUGGAGAACGAAGAAGAUUUCAAUAGACAGGUGGAGGAAGAACUUCAGGAACAGGAAUUCCUGGACCGAUGCCUCCAGGAGAUGCUGGAUGAAGAAGACCAGGACUGGUUCAUUCCCUCUCGAGACCUGCCUCAAGGCAUUGGGCAGCUGCAGCAGCAGCUCAACGGACUUUCUGUCGGUGACAGUCACAGUUCAGAAGAUAUUUUGAGCAAAAGUAACCUGAACCCUGAUGCCAAGGAGUUUAUUCCAGGAGUGAAGUACUGAAUCUUCCUGAACCGUUUCAGGGGGACUUGGGGGUCCCUCCUUCCAGAGACAAAACUGCACAAAGAGGCGGGGGCUGGAGGGUGGUGGGGGUGCUCAGGGGAGGGGAAAGGAAGAGUGUCAAGCCGGACACUGUGAAUGGAGUCCCUCUAAUGUGGGCGUAUCUCUUUUGUUCUGCUAGCCUGCAUUUGGACACUUUGGAUUGUUUUCCCUUUUUCCUUUUUCUUUUAACAGAAUGGCUCUUUUUUCCAUUUUUUGUUUGUUUUUGUGUGAGAGGAUUGCGUUCUCUUUGCCUUUCCUUUUCCUUCUGUAGAGGAUGUUUGUAAGUGUUAAGCAUUUUUUGCCAGGAUUAGUGUUUGGGAAUGACCUGCAGCAUACUCAUCAGAUUCCAGGAGAGCCUGAAGAAUUCCUUACCAUAGCCACAGAGCUGGUCGAAUAGGAGGAGGGAAAGGGGAGCGUGGGGAGGAGAACUGGGCUGUGGGCCAGUGGGCUCUACGUUCACACUCCCACGGGUGGGAUUUUUUACUGUGGCCUGUUGGAACUUCCUGCCACCCCCUUUUCUCUCUACAAAGAACUCCAUCCUAGGACGUUCAGAGAACACAGACUGAACAGCUGGCUCACACUGACUUCAGCAGGAAGCAAUCAGUCAUGAAUUCUCCUUUCAAAAUCUAUCAUUGCCAUGUCCUCGGGGUCCUGUGAUGGAGCUCUUAAGCAUCUGCUUAUAGUCACCGUCAGUCUCAUUGCAGUGGUGUCGGUUCGCCAUCUCCUCCUCCAGCAUCCCAGGCCCCUACUUCUGCCACCCUGUGGCUCCCUUGGUUUUUACCAUGGCAUUGGGGUAGUAGGUGGCACGCCGUGUUUACACCAGCAGCUCAGGCCUGGGGAAUUCCUGUGGGGAUGAUUUUAACUCAGAAGUUGAACUGCACAACUGUGACUUUUACAAUACUUACCUCUGUCAGCAUUUGGACUGUCUUCACCUCUGCCAACUUUCUUCUCCUUGAAGGCUUUACUUCCUGGGGACUGUACACAGCAGGGUGGGUGAUGUCCAAAGAUUUAUUUCCAGGAUAGUUCUUAUUGUUCACGUGGGUCCCUUGUGCAGUUUUGCCCAUGGGCCCUUUAAGAGUACCCCCAAUGGGAGGUACUUAAAUGGGAGGAGCACACUCACCUCCCUGUCCAUUAUGUCUGGCCUUCUAGGCCCGCCAGGGUGGCUCAGGUGCCCUGCUGGUGAGAUUGCUACACAUGGUACCAUCCUGUGUAUCUCCUUGGGUGUUCUUCCUCCUUACCAAACGGGGUUUUUGUUACUACCACUCAUGAGAAACUUAACCAAACACUAGCUCUUAUGGUCAAGGGAAGAAGCUGACCAAACCUCCCUUCCCUCCGAGGCCUAGCACUUGCUGCCACAUUUGGGUGCCUCUGCAGGACCACUUUGGCAUAGGUGGGAGCAUGCUGGAGUGCCCAGCUAUGGAUGAGAGGAGCCACUUUUCGAGAAGCCUUUGAUUUCUUGAUGAGCCAGAUUAGGGUCAUUUUUUAAAAACUCUGGACUGUUUCUCUUUCCUCCAUAAGUUACCCUGGUGUUUCUUGCUCUGCUUCUCAUCUUGGCUGGGUAAAGGGCACCAGUCAUCGGAGAGCCGGUGGCCCAUUCAGAGAUGCUGGCAGGGGCUCCUUCCAUCCCUCCCUUCACUAGAGAUGAUAGCAGCCCACUUUCAGCUCUGGGACUCAGAUGCUCCUGUUAAUGUCCCCGGAUCCCAGAGGGUCAGGGAGCCUGCGAAUCCCAGGCUGCUCCUCUUCCUCAGCCUUUAGGGGCAGUUGUGGAAACAUUGGCUCUACUCUUGUCCCCUCGGUGAUGGGGAAGGGGAUGGUGGUUUUAAGUAACCAUAGUCCUUUGGAAGAAAAAGAACAGACCAGCCAUCCAGGUGAAAGGGCUUCAUGGGUGACCUGGAGACCCGGCUGUGUUCAGGGUCUUGGCCCUCUGCCUCUAUCCCAUCCCCUAUUUGGAAGCACCAAAUCCCCAUGGACAGAGGAGCCAUAGGUGCCAGGCUCGCUUGGAAGCCCAGGGAGCAGCUUUGCAGGGGUGGAAAGUUGACCGUUCAGACCCUCUACACUGCCCCUCCCCAGUGGUCUCACCAGCUUCCUUCUCUUUACCCAGCCUCCAUCUCUGUCCCAGCUUGAGUUGGGGCUGGGGGGCAGGGGAGAAAGGGGAAAGGGGUGGCUCGUCAGAGCUUUAUGAGGGGGAGGAGGAGGAGCCCUUUGGAAAUUAAAGCUUGUGUUCUAGAGGCCUCUUUAGAGGGAGUUGGACUUAAGUGACUACUCAAUUCAACUUUAGUGUCUUUUACUUGGAAAUGGAACCUGUGUAGUUAUAGGAUCAUAGAUCAAAUCUGAAAGGGACCUUAGAGGCCAUUGAAUCCAACUUCUCUGUUUUACAAGUGAGGAAAUUGAGGCAGAGAGGCUAAGUGAUUUGCCCAGGUCACACAGCUAAUAAGUGUCUGAGGCUGGAUUUGAAUUCAGGUCUUCCUGGCUCCAAGCCCAGCUGCUUCUCCAAUCCUGGUUCUUAGUAUGCACUUAGGCCCUGGGCAAGUGUGGAAAUCCUAGGUUAGGAGGAAUUAUAUUUCAGGAGCUGUUUAAUGAUUAAGAUGAAAUUCCUCACUAAGAGAUGGUUUUUUCUUAAUCUUCCUUAAAAAGCCUCUUUAAAAUGGUGGCAGUCACGCUUGCCUUUUCAGGUUUCCCCACAGCACCAGCUGCACUUUGCCAGUGUCUCCCAGUAUGUUCUGACUUCAGGUCAGUGUGGGGGAAGCAGCAGAGGGGAACCAGAAACAUGUGAAUGGGUUGUAUCUAGCUCCCUAAGCCUCUGUACAUAAGGGUGUUUGGGGAGCCAGAGUAGCAGAGGUCUUAAGUUUGCAGUGAUCUGUGUAUUUAGAGUUUCCAAGAAACGUCCAGCAUCAUUGUAAUGGCAGCAGAAAGCUGGGGUGAAGGAACUCCAGGUCAGUGCAGAUGCUGCUGUGGUUUGAAUGGGAUUGUUGGUUGUGUAGGAGAAAUAGAGAGAUGGAACUGCCCCUCUCUUGUCCAGGGUGGCAGCCAAGAACAUGAGGUAGGGAUAGAGCGCAGAGACGGGCCCUGGCUAAUGGGCUUCUUAGACGUGUUGUGUCAGAGCCCGAAGAGUGUGAUUGAAUUGCUGGGAAGGUCAGCGAGCAGGUUGAGAACCGAUCCCAACAUGGGAUGAGAGAGACUGAGCAGCCUGGAAGGGAUGGUCAGAUCUUGGGGUCUCAGUGUACCACCCCUCACCUGGGUGCACCAUAUUAGUAAUUUGGAGAAGUAGGCAAAAGGGGAAGUAAGAAAGGGUCCCUAGCUGUAGACUUUUUUUCUUGUUUGUACUGUCUGACCUCCUCACUCUUUUCCCCCCAAAUGCCCCUGGAAUGUCAAGUUCUGUUGGUUGCUUUUCCUCAGUGGCUUGUGGAAGCCUAUCUGCUGUGCCCUCUGCUGUCACAGAUUAGAGUCGCAGUUCUGCACAACAGUCUAGUAACAAGUUUCUGGGGGAAAAUAUAUGUAUGUGUAUAUAUACAUAUAUUUAUAUUUUUCCAUCCCUCCUUGCUAAGGGAGUUGGGCCUAGAAGAAGGAAACAACGUCUUCCAUUUCCCAUUAGCUCUUUGAUUUUCUCUUCUACCCUUGCCAGUCUUGCAUAGAAGGCUGAACACAUUGGCCUUACAGGUUUCCUAGCUCAGAUGCCUAUCCCUGGAGGUAGAGAAGAAAGAAGCCGUUGAGGUCUUCCUGUUACCAAGCACAUUCAUUUGUCCGAUUAGCUGUUCCCAUGCUGGUCACCUCCACUUGAAAAAUAGAAGCACAUGGCAAAAGCAGAAACUUUGUUUGGUUAUUUAAAGCUAUAAAAAUAUGGAGUUUACUGUAGCCAGUACUAAAUGAUCACUGUGCCCUGUCUAAGAAUUCAGAACCCUUCGUGUUUGCUGCUCUUUAGAGGAUACUUCAUCACAAACACAAAGCACACCUCGGCUUUCAGCCGCCGUUGCCACAUAGCUAGAUGCCUCAGGAAGAGCCAUGGGAAUGGUCAGGAAGCGGCCCAGACCUGGCUCCCUCCAAAGGAUCGACCCUUCAGAGCCAGCUUCAUUUUGUACACUCUUUUCCAAGAGCCGGAACUUCUCUGUUGGUUUUUUAAAUGACAACUUUUGCUUGUUAUUGGAGAGCUCAGAUCUCAUCUACCCUCUGUGCAAAUAGCCCUGAUGGAAUAAAUUAUGGAGUAACAAGUGGACAGAACUUGAAAGCAUCGCAUUGAGAAGCCUCUCCCAACCAGCUUUCUGAUGACCGUGGUAACCUCACUCCAUGGAUCAUGCUGCCUUUAGUGGGGGAGGGGAGGAAAAGAAGGGGUGGGCUGAUGCAGUGGGGGCUCCACCGGAAAGGGAGGCAUGUAUCAGGGGUGUCUAGACUGCUUUUUUGAGCUGCCGCUGCAGGACGACCUCCGGGUGGGUGGGUGGGUGGGCAGGUGGGCGGGCGGGGGACUUCCAGGUGUGGCUCUUGCAGAAAUAUCCAAAAGCACUUUGGGGAAGCAUGUGCUACACAGGAGUUGGGUGAAGAGUUGUCUACAAUAUUUUGUUGGGAGAGGGAGAACAGAAGCUUAAAAUGGUAUUUUUUUUUCAUAAAAAUGUCAAAAAGGGAAAAAAAAAGUUAACUUUUCUGAACUUUGCUAUUCAAACCAAAUGGCAGCUCUUGAAAAUUUCAAUAAAAUGAGAAGGUAAUGAU